UCCCCCAUUAGUACUAAUUGCGAACAAAGCGGUAUAGUUCGAAAAUGUUCCCUACCGGCAAACUUGUCCCGAUUCCUCGCGCAGAUUGGCCCCAAUUACGUGAUCUAUUCAAGGGCAAUGACCUCGCAAACGAAAUCCCGUUCAAUACCGUCCAAAAUUACAUCGAAUGGACGACCAUCGACCCGAAAAUGCGGCACUUGGAAAUUCUCAGCUUUAACGACAGCUGGCGACAGAAUGGAACGUUCAUCAUUUCGGACCGUCACGAAUUAUUCUUCUUCUCACUGGAACCUUCGCUAUCGUCAUUAGAAGAGGCACUAGAACUCAUCGAUUGGGACUUUCCCUAUCGUAUUUACGCCAUUCUAGACCAACAUCAAGCCGUCUUGGAACGAGUGCUCAACAAACUCAAUGUCCCUUAUCCCAGGGCAACAGUGGCUUGCAAUCUGUAUCGACUCUCGAAGGAAAUCGCCAUCGGAUUGGAAGCCACUCCACCGGAUGGAUUCCGUUUGGGCAAUCUGGAACCUCGCCACGUCAAAACAAUCAACGAAACUUGGCCUUUUCGAAGUGGUGGAUCCGAAUACGCUCUGACUCGAUGUAUUGCGUGGAACACCAACGUGGGAUUGUUCAACGAGAAAGACGAGCUCAUCGCAUGGUGUUUGCUAAAUAAUUUGGGAAUCAUUUGCGUGUUGUACACCGUCGAAAAGUAUCGUCGCCGGGGACUUGCGGAAGUGGUGCUCCGAUCAAUGGUAAGCCAAUUGGCUCAUCGUGGGAUGAAUUCCAUCACAAGCGUUUUGCUGGAAAAUGUCCCCUCCAGAACGCUGUUCGAGAAGCUGGGAUUUGAAGGCAAUUUAACUGUGCACGAUAGUUGCCAUCCGGUCAAUCGAUUAACAGAGUGGAACUUUUGCUGAGCAAUGCACGUAAAUAAAGUUUGUCACCGGAAGUGACACAACUUGGUGAAAAAAUGUUAUUGCUUCGGCGCAUCGCGUCAUGUAUAGGUGUUCAAAUAAAGGUCGAGCUCGUUGUGCCAUGGGCGUGUUUAGGGA